AUGAUAAUUGAAGUGUGUAAAGUGUAUACAUAUUAUAUAACACUAAUAAUUGUUUUAAAUAAAUGUAAAGCGGAUUUGCCAAUACACACAUUAACGAAGGAUGCGAUAGGAGUAUGGAAGAUAUAUGAGACUGAAGCGAGCAGUGGAUUCCAUAACUGCGGAAGCUCAUUUCCAAAUAAAAACGCAGAAAAUUUAAAAAUUGAUAAUUUUAAAUCAUAUUUGGAUGAGAUAUACGGAGAUUUAAAGGAAUUUACAGUAGAAUUGUCAGAUGAAAAUUAUGUACAAAGAAACCUACUGUAUCCAAGAAAUAAUUGGAAAUAUUUGUCAGUGAAGAGUAUAAAAAGUAGUCAACCAAUAGGAAAUUGGACACUGGUGUAUGAUGAAGGGUUAAUGAUAAAUAUAGACAAUAAAAAUUACUUUGGAUACUUUAAGUACAGUAACAUAAAGAAUAAUGAGUGUAAGCAGAUAACGCAAAGCAUAAGUGAAGACGAGUUUGGAAACAUAAAGUGCUACGAAACAGACCCAAGUAAAAUACAAAUAGGCUGGUACAGUAAAAAGGUAAAGGAGAAUUACGAGUUUGGAUGUUUUUAUGCCCAAAAGAUAUAUAGUCUGAAAGAUAAUUAUGGCCAAGGCAGUGGCACCAGCAAUGGUGAUAAGAGCAGCAUUAGUAGUACCAGUGGUACUACCAGUACGAGUGAUAGUUUGAAUAAUAAAAACUACAUAAUUGACUUGACUUACAAGACUGGUAGCACGAAAAGUAAUACAACAAGUAAAUAUCGCAAUAACAUCGGUGUUGAAAUUGCAAGAGGUACCGGUGAUGGUGGUAAAGAAGAAGACGAGAUCAGUAGAGUUGGAAGCUGGAACAGGAAAAAUUACACAGAAUAUAGCGACUUGACACCAUUCAGGUUCUUGCAACUGCACAAAGGCGUACACUACUAUCCGAUUAACUCGUAUUUGAAAGAUAAGGCUUACUUCAACUUGAUUGGCACAGAGAAUAGGAGUCAGGACAUAUACCCAUGUAACGACAAGAUUGUGGAGAGAAACUACAGUAAACUGCCGAAAAAUUGGACUUGGGGUGAUCCGUUUAAUGGAAUGGAUGAAGAUAUUCACAUAUCUAGUCAAGGAGAUUGUGGUAGCUGUUACGUACACAGCUCACUGUAUGUAAUAAGUAAGAGGUUUCAAAUACUGUUUAACAAGCUGUACCCAAACAAGAAGUGGCCACUGAAGCAAUUUGAAUUGUCAAUAGAUGAGCUUUUGAAAUCAGCAUAUUGUCAAGGAUGCUUCGGUGGAUUUUUAAUGCUGGCAGGAAAACACGUAAAGGAAUUAGGAGUUAAUUCAAGUAAAGAGCAAAAUGGAAGAUACAAUAGUGAUAAAAAAUGGUACAUAAAGGAAUACGGAUACGUUGGAGGAUUCUAUGAGUCCACAAAUGAAAUUAACAUGAUGAAUGAAAUAAUAACAAAUGGACCAGUGGCUGUAGCAAUAUAUGCACCAAAUGAGCUGUUUUACUACCAUAGCGGAGUAUUUGACGUAAAUUAUAAGCACGGGAUGGUGUGUGACCUACCAAACGAUAACUUUAACGGUUGGGAGUACACAAAUCACGCCAUUGUUAUUGUCGGUUGGGGCGAGGAGGAUGUCGACAAUACUAAGGUUAAGUUCUGGAUAUGUAAAAACACUUGGGGGAUCAAUUGGGGAGUUGAAGGCUACUUUAAGAUGAAAAGAGGGGUUAAUCUGCUGGGAAUAGAAAGCCAAGCAGUGUAUUUUGACCCGUGCAUAUCCAAGGGCGAGCCACUGAGUCUGAUACAGUCGUACAACAAAUCUAGUUAUCUGUGA